AAACGAUACUUGAAUUUAACAGUUAUGAAAAAUAAAAUGUAUAUUUGGAAUUUGCAUAGGUCUUGUUAUAAAUAAACUGUGGUGAGUUUUAAAUCUUACAAAUCACGCUUAUCUUUCAACUUAACUUCUCAACAAGAUAGAUCUAUGACAGUAUUUGGAGGCAUAAAUGGUAGUUUAGUUAACCGAUCUAAAUCGUUAGCAUUUAAAGUUGAAAUAUAUUAUAAAAAAUGGAUUUAGAAAGUGCAGGAACAAGUAAUGGUAUACCAUCUAACAAAAAGCUCAAGUACACCCUGGAAAAGGACAUAUCAAAAAGAGACUGGACAAUUCUACCUGAAACUGUUUUAAAAAGGAUAUUUUCAUAUUUGGAUGUUCAAUCAAUAAAUAACUGCGCUCAAUUAUGCUCAACUUUUUUCCGGUUAUCUAAAGAUAGUAGCUUAUACAAAACACUACAUGUAAACUACGGAAUGUCUGCUAACGCUCUAGAAUAUCACAUUUCUAAAGUCACACGCCCAAGUAAUGUUAUAAUUCACUACGCAUCAGAUCAAAGUAACAGCGAUGACUACACAACUUACAAUCAAUACGUUUUAAGAAUAUUGGAGAAUUACGGGGAGUAUAUUUUAUCGUUGGAAUUAAAUAACUGUAGAGAAGAAGACGUAAUAACGGAAUUAAAGCAUUGCGUAAAUCUCAAAAGCUUGAUUUUGUUUAAUUGUAAAGGAACAUUCAACGCGCUGGUAUCUUUUUCGAAAUUAACUGCCAUAGACUUUUCUUACUGCCAUUUUUCUCAAAAGGUUGUGAGCACAACCGUUAAAAAUAACCCUUCUUUAUACAGUUUAUAUUUACGUAACAAUGUAAACAUUAACCUGAACGAACUGAUUGAAAUUAUAACCGAGCAAUUGUACAAUAUAAAAGAACUUCACAUAAACGAGAACAAACAACUGAGAAGCAAAAGUCUGAAACUGCUAUCGAGACUGAAAAAUUUAAAGAAAUUAUCUCUUAUAUCGAACGAAGGAUUCAUAUGCAAUCCGGAGGAUUCGCUAGAAUUUCUGGCAGCUGGAUGUCCACACCUCGAAAGCUUGUGCAUAGACAAUUGGAGUGAAAUCAACGACACGAAUUUAAUAAGCGCCUUACGGUUGUGCAGCCAAUUAAUGACGUUGGAAUUGAGAAGGACCAACAUUACGAUCAAAAGUUGCAAGGAAGCAGCUCUAUCUUUACCGUUGUUAAAGAGUUUGAUUGUUGAUAAAUGCCAAAAAGUGAAAAAAUCGCAGUUAAUUUCACUUAGAGAAGACUUUGAAGAUUUAGAUAUACCGAUAUUAUAAGUUUUUUUGUACCUACUUUAAAUAUAAAUAUUUUUC